AUGUCGCGUUUCGACGUGCAAUCGUCAAUAUCGUCUUGGAGUCCGAUGACUUCCAUGGUCGACGCAAUCGGUUGGUAUAAAGAGCAAUGGCUUGCGGAAGGUGAUGACAAAGCAGGCUACGGCGAACAUCCUGGGCAUCUUCCGAGAACCAAGAAGGCUGACCAAUUAGCGCUUAGAAUAUUACUUCGCACAAGGAUUUACCCUAAUAGCCUUCCGCAUCUAGCAAUGGAAUUAACACCGGUGAAGGUAUCGGGCAAAAGGAAGAGCAAAGAUGCUGCGGGGAAUGCUGCGAAAAAGCACUCGGGUCGACGUCAACAUUCUACACCCAAUGCUGAGGCCCGGAAGAAAUCCAAGAAACGCACCCUCGAGAAUCUGAAGUCAAGAAACAAAAUGUCGAGCCUCGAAAAGCUACCGACAGAGCUCCUAGAGACAAUAUUUCUCUAUUCCAUGAACCCCAGUCUCCCCCGUGCGAGUCCUGUUAUAUGUGGAAAGCUUAGCAGUCAAGCUAUCUACACCAAGUUUAUCGUUUCAGCUUUUGGUCCAUCGUGGGCCAAAGCUGAUUGGAAAACCUAUAACCCAGAUGUCGAUUAUGAUAUAUCGAAUGCCGACUGUGAUACAUACGUUGCUAGUUUGCAGAAUGCACUCCUCCGCUGUCGAUGGGCACGGCUGCCACUUAUUCUCAAAGCAAAACAGAUCUGGAUUGCAAAAUACUCUCAGGAUAGUGAAGGUUCUCAGCUAUGGUUUGCUAAACCGUCGGAUUACCCUUUCACUAUAGGUAUCUCACCGAUUAACAGAACAGGCCAAGAGCUUUUCGACCAGGAGUUCGCGCUCUUCUCUAACUACGUCACGCAACCAGAGCCCUUCAAUCCAUUGGUCCUUUGCUUUAGAAGCCACGGUGAUUUGGCGAAGGGUUUUGAAAUACCUGAUAGUCUCCUUCUUGGCCCUUGGACUGAGGAGCAAAUAACCAUGCUAUUCUGGCUUGUGAGAGGAGGGGCUCGUGUCAGUUGGCUUACUUCCACUAGCGGCGAGUCAGCAAUGGUCGGAUUGAAGAAUGCCAUUUCAAUCGGAGAUAUACGUGCUAUAUGUCUUCUAGUCGCGGCAAAUCGUGAACAAGGGUUUGACGAAAACCUUAUCCUUUGGGCAUUAUUCAACGUUGGUGGUGACAAAAUCAGAGUAUUUCAGUGUUUGGUACGGUUGGCAGAGUGUUUCGUACCUACAUGGGAAUUUCCUAGCAUUGCAGACGACUUGGAGGACAUCCUGAGAAAAGCUCUAAAGGAAAUGGACCAAGAGAAACUCGAUCUUGUGGCCCUAAUCUAUAACUCUUGGGCUCCUGGCGAGCUGCCCGACUGCACUAAGAUCUCUGCAGCUGCUAUGCGGUCCGUUUUUUACGCGCCUGCGCCAUCAUCGAGACUGCUGAGAUUCCUGAGAUUGCAAUCUGAAGCCGUUUGCUUUUUCAACCCCAACCCUCGGCCAGGCUUCACGUUCGAUUCCGCCGCGCCUCGAGGAUCUUAUUUAGCACCGAAUUAUUCCAAGGGAGCAUCCUCCAGAUGUCUAUCAACUACAACCCCUUGUCGCGCCACUGUUGAGGCCGGGUUUCUGAACCUAGAGUUCCUUUGGCCGCAGUCAGCACCAUCCGGUCUACAGCAUCCAACGGCUCAAUGUAGAAAUGCGGCCCGGAGCAGGCGGGCGGGAUAUGGGAAGACAUUAUCAGGACAACGGAAGUCCUCCACGAAAUCAAACCGAUGGCUGCAGAAGAUCUGGGGGGUUACGUCGACCAAAGGUGGGCGACCAUUACGCCCAGAUGAUCUCCCCUCGUCCUUACGAGGGCGAGAAGAUACGUCAGAAACCUCGGUAUUCAGUCUCGGACGAGCAGUAUCUGCGAAAGCAGCUGCUCAGCCUAAAUUACGUUGCACGGAGCUGGACGAGCAAGGCAAUGUAGUGCUUGCUAGUGGGGAAUUUAAGAAGAGCGAGUUGAUUGCGAAGUAUGGGCUUCUUCCCCGCGAUCUCCGAAAAAUCGACUCGAGCCUUCUCCCACAUAUCCUCGUUCGCCCAUCCGCCAUCCUAAUCAACCUGCUCCAUCUCCGCGUCCUCAUAAAGGCUAAUCGUGUCCUGGUAUUUGAUGCCUACGGCACCACAGACUCAUACAAUCAAUCCGCUUUCAUCUAUGACCUAGAAGACAAGCUGCGUCAAAAGUCGAACUCCAUGUCGGCAGGGGGCCUACCCUAUGAAUUCCGAGCCCUAGAAGCCGUCCUAGUUUCAGUGAUAACCAGUUUAGAAACGGAAUUUGAGGGCGUAAGACAACCCGUCGUUCGGGUGCUCCAAGAGCUAGAAGAAGACAUCGACAGGGAUAAACUGCGUCUCCUACUGAUCUACUCGAAAAAGCUCGGAACUUUCGAGCAGAAGGCGAAACUAGUCCGGGACUCUAUUGAUGAGCUAUUAGAAGCGGAUGAUGAUUUGGCCGCUAUGUACCUGACUGAGAAAUCUCACGAUAUUGUGCGUGGAGAGGCCGAUCAUACCGAAGUCGAAAUGCUGCUAGAAUCCUACCAUAAGCUCUGUGACGAAAUCGUGCAGGAAUCUGGAAAUCUCGUCUCUAAUAUCCGGAAUACUGAAGAAAUCGUCAAAGCAAUCCUGGACGCAAACCGAAACUCUCUCAUGCUCUUAGACCUUAAAUUCUCUAUCGGUACUCUAGGCAUAGGCUCCGGCGCCUUCGUCGCCGCCCUCUAUGGCAUGAAUCUCAAAAAUUUUAUCGAAGAAAACGAUGUUGGUUUUUGGGGCGUCACGGGAUGGUGUGUCAUAUUCUCAACUAUAGUCUGCGGUUACGGAUUGACCAAGUUGCGAAAGGUGCAGAGAGUUAGUAUGUGGGGCGAGUCUGGGAGGAGAGGGCGAAAUUGGAGGGUUGCGGAUCAUCGGGAGUUGGAUUUAGGGACACGAGAUAGGUUGGAGAGGGGGAGGAGGUUGAAAGAGGAAAGGCUGUGUGCGAGGGAGGAUAUGUUAGAGCAUAGGAGGAGCACAGCCAUAGCUGCUUCGGCGGCCGCCUCCUUGGCAAAUCCGAAGAAGUGA